GGGCCGGGCUACGCCGAGGGAGCGCAGCCGUGGGACGGGCUUGGUGGCGCGUGUCCUCGGCGAGGCUAAUCCCGGCGGGGGCUGCCUUCGGGGCGUGUGCAGAGCGGGCGGGAGCGUGUGCGGGUCCGGGCGGCAGGCGGAGCCAGGCCGGUGUAUGGGGGCCAGCCUGGCCGGCCUUGGCCGAUGUUUUCUUGCUUCUGCUUCAGCCUGCAGGAGAAGUCCUUCAGCAGCCCAGCGGUAGCCGAGUGUGAGGAAGACACCGUGCCUGUUAAUGAAGAGCAGCCUGAUCCAGCCAGUCUCAGAGAUGAAAAUAAUAAAGAAAACUACCCUGACAACAUCGCCCUCCUAGAAGAGAGCCGGCAGCAUGUAGAGCAGGCCCUGUUCCAUGGAGCAUUGCGGUACACCAUGGGCAACUUCAAGUCCAGGAAACCCAAGUCUAUCAUCAAAGGGGAGGCCGGGAAGGGCCACACCGAUAACCAGGAGCCAGAGAAUGUCUCUCCCAGCCUUUCGGAAUGGCAGGGGAAAGCAGGAGCCCCAGUUAAUGAGAGUGCUCAGAGUGUCCCCUUCCACUGCCAAGACACUGUGCGGCAUCAGCCAAGAUCAGAUCAGAGGGUGGCUGUUUGGCCAAAGGAAGUGUUGGAACCUCUCCGGGACUUGAACGAGGAAGAAGCCGCCCCGCUGCAGGGGGGCAAGGACCCGGCUCUGCAGUCUGUCCCUGGCGCACUGGCCGAUGAUGUCCACGCUGGAGACCCUGUGCCCGCCUACAGAGAUUGGCAGAACGAAGCCGACAACGGCUCUGAGGACCCGCCUUCCGUCGGGACCAGCCGCCUGCUGCAUCACAUCACGGAUGGAGACCGCCCCCUCCUGUCCCCGAGAUGCCCCCUCUUUAGCCAAAGCCAGAGAUUUAAUUUGGAUCCUGAAUCUGCCCCUUCUCCACCCAGCUCUCAGCAGUUCAUGAUGCCGAGGAGUUCUUCGAGGUGUGAGGAUGGGAAAGGGCCCCAGACGGUGACCCAGCUGACCAAGCACAUCCAGAGCCUCAAGCGGAAAAUCAGAAAAUUUGAAGAAAAGUUUGAGCAAGAAAAGAAAUACCGGCCUUCUCAUGGAGACAAGACUUCAAAUCCUGAAGUCCUGAAGUGGAUGAAUGACUUGGCCAAAGGCAGGAAGCAGCUGAAAGAACUGAAGCUAAAGCUCUCAGAACAACAGGGGAAUGUGCCCAAAGCUGUACCACACCAGACCCUGCAUCAGGAACCAGCUGCCACUCCCAAAGAGACGGAGAAGCCAGAGGCAGCAGGCACUGAGCCAAAUUCCUCUGGGGAAGAGAUGCCAGAUGCCCUGGUCAAGCAGCCAAAGGAGCAGAGAGAACCACUGACUGCCCAGGAAGAUGCCAAGGUAAUGAAACAAGACAAGAGCCUGAUCAAGCCCCUCUAUGACCGAUACAGAAUCAUCAAGCAGCUUUUGUCAGCACCUUCCCUGAUACCCACCAUUCAGGAAGAAGAAGACUCUGAUGAAGAAUAUCCCCAGGGCAGCCACCAGCCUUCCUUGUCGGAUCCAGCCUCCUGCUUGCCCAUUGGUGAGCCCCUUCCUUUCCUCAGUGAGACCGAGCCUGCUGCAGCCUUGCCUCUGGACGCAAAGAAGGAAGUCAGACACCCCGUCCUUUCCAUGUCCAACCUGCACGAGGCCACCAUGCCAGUUUUACUUGACCAUCUUCGAGAAACCAGGGCUGACAAGAAGAGGCUUCGGAAGGCGUUAAGGGAAUUCGAAGAGCAGUUUUUUAAGCAGACUGGACGGAGCCCACAGAAGGAAGACCGGAUUCCCAUGGCAGAUGAAUACUACGAGUAUAAGCACAUAAAAGCCAAGCUGCGGUUACUAGAGGUUCUCAUCAGUAAGCAAGAUGUGUCUAAAACGAUCUGAGGCAGAUUGGACUGGAUUGGAUUCUUCCAACAGAGGCAACCUUUUUUACCCUCUCCUUCCUUCCUACUGGGUCAUUUGAACACAUUCAGGAGCACUUUAAGUCACAGAAUUAGCCGUGGAUGAGAAAGGAUGGCAAAAGCGAUACGAGAUGGAGAGAGGAAAUUAAGAAGGACCCUCAUGGUCAAAGAAAAGGAGCCUGUGGGAGAAUGAUCCCCAAGUAGGACUGAGAACAUUCCCAGUCCAUUGACUUUUUCUUUUUUAAGGUUGAUGCUGACUUUGGUUGAUAGAGGAUUUAGACCAAUGUAACAACAUAUUCCGUUGUUGAGUUUCUAAAGAGUUUCUAAAGAGUAAGUGACUCUAAAGAGUAAGUGACUCUUUAGAAACUCAGUUGUUCAGUUUCUAAAGAGAAGCUCACACUGAUGGCACAAAGGGGAAGAGGGUGUUAAAGUUAAAACUCCUUUGGGAGGGAGGAGCAACUGAGGAGGUUUUCUGUUUUUUCAGAUAGAAAGGAAUAACGUGGGUAGUUGAAAUAGUUAACAUUAAGCUUCUACUAGAAAAUUUUUUUUUAGAUAAGCAAAAAACCCACAGACAUUCAAUUGUCCUUUUAUGUCUCCAAUACCUUCAAAUAACUGACCUUAGAAUAGGUGAUUGCGGAUUUCUAAUUUCUCUAUCAAAAUUAGCACCUUAUUUCUGCCUAUGAUUUGAAGUUUUGUGUUUCCAAUGACCAAAGCUCAUUCUGACAGCAUGCACUUUGUGAAUUUUCAAGUAUUCUUUGUCUAUACUUGCCAGAUGUUUAUAUUAAAAGAAAAAUAUUGCGUUCCAAUUUGCAAAUAGGUAUUUUGGAUAGCUACGUGUCUGUAGCACACAACUGAAUGGCUGGUUAGGAUUGCUAAGCUUUUUGCUCCCUGGAACUCCGAUUAUAUGACUAUUUUUCCAUUGGAAAUAUGCAUUUUUCUGAAUGUUCUAAAUGUAAAUGCUCUAACCGGGUGAGAUCUAAGCACACCCUCCUAAGCUGUAACUCUUGUCUCUAGGCAAAGUUUGCUCAAAGCUUUGUGAUUGUCUGACAAAAUACAGGAAAUGCCUCUGGGCAGUGGAGCUUUUUAGGAAGACCACCAGAGAGGAGAAGGCCUGUCACAGCACACUGAGUGUAUGUCGUGCCACUCUGUAUGAAACAACACAUCACCAUUCAUUUUUGUUUUGGUCAAGAGUAUGUAAAAUGGCAACACUUCCUUUGGUCCCAACAGCCUUUGCAUCUCUAGUGUAUGUCAUGUUUAAGCAUGAUUCUGAAGAAAUGCACAUUUUCAUAGUCUGGAGGAGAGAAGUGUCAACCACUCCACAAGUGGACUUCUUCAUUUCCCUGGCUUGUUUUUUGUGUAUUGACUUGGUAUUUUAUAACUUUGAUGAAUCAGAAUAAUCUUCGUAAACUUGUUGAAUUGAAAUCCGUCUC